CUUGCUGCGGCCUUAUGGACUAUGUAUUAAUGUCAUUAUUAUUCUCAUUAUUAGUGCUUGCCUCUAACAUGUAAGUUGUAUUCUGAUAUUGCAAAUGAAAUGACCUAAAGUUUUGAACUGAAGAGCCUCUGUUUUUGUGCAUACGACUCGUAGACUAGGGGUGAAGGACACCAGUACCAUGUGACCAUACUGGUUAGUCAACUUGUAAUUAACAAUCUACGUCACGCAGAAGUCACGAAAGGUCAAAUGUGUUACAUACUCCGACUAUCCUGUGGAUCCGAUAAAUGUUAACAGCUGGAGAGUGGUGACGUUACGAGAUCAGACGGUAACGUUCUAACUGAGGGAACCAGACAAGUCCAUCAUGGCACGAGAGUUCAUGUUUCUUGCAUUUUCUUUAAGCUGUGUGGCAAUAUACAUGUCCAUUAGUUUCCUAUCGGGAUGGAAGGACAACUCGACCGCGGUAAAACCUGAGUUUGCCAAUUUCCAUAUUACCCAAAGAGUUGAUGAAACUAGUACAAACCGGAUGAGCCUAACGCAAACCGGAUACCACCCCACAGCACAAAGCAAUGUAACAAAGUUAGUUCCAGCAAGCCUUCCCACCUGUGGCCGUCCUGUCACCAACUUUGUCUUCAUCAAGGUUCAUAAGACAGCUUCUGGCUCCACGUUUAUGGUCCUGGCGAGGUUCGGCCGGAACCACGGGAUGACCAUCUGCUAUCCUAAGCGUCAUAGGAAGGCAAUACACAAUCAACUAUCAUACCCAAGUGGAAAGCUGACAAAGAGCGACUGUAGACCGUCCCCUGGAAGAAAAUACAACCUCAUCAUACACCAUUCUGUCAUGAACAAGCCAGCCAUGGACCGAGUCAUGGAACCCGGCACCAAGUAUAUCGGCAUCUUUCGGGAGCCUCUUAAUCAUUUUCGGUCAAUCUUCUUUUGGAAGAAUAAAAUUUCCCGCCGUAACAAAAAUCCACUUGGAGCGUUUCUUAAUAGAAAUCACGACCGGAAAAGAUCAUAUUCGAAACAUCACAAUUUUCAAGCAUACACUAUGGGGUUCCCGAAGAGGCUGAUGGCCAGCAAAAAUGAAAGCCAAAUAUACGAAACAAUCAGGACCAUUGCGGGUUGGUACUCGGUGGUCCUAAUAACAGAGUACUGGGAGGAGUCCUUAGUUCUGCUGAGAAGGAAGUUUUGCUGGAGACUUUACGACAUUCUACACACAACUGACAGACUGCAUGCUCUACAUACUAAGAAAGAACACAUCCCCCUUACUACAGAACAGAAACAAAACCACAGGAAAAUGAGCAAUAUCGAUUAUAUGAUGUACGACUACUUGAAUAAGACAUUUUGGCAACGUGUAACAAAUGAGGGACCGGAGUUUUGGGAAGAGGUCAAGUAUUACAAGACCCUGAACAGUGAGGUGAACAAACAUUGUAACUCAGUAGGUGGUAAAAGAGUCUUUCCUGCUGGUAAAUGGAGCCAGGAAUUUGUGAUUGAUUCAACCUUCUGUGAAGAAUGGAAAUGGAAGGAAGGACGAUGGGCAUUAGCUUGUUGGGACGUGGUUGGGAAACAAAACGAAGAGACAAAAUAGACAAAACCAAAUGGCGUUUAGUGAUUUAGCCACAUGCACAUUAUGUACAUACUAUACCGAAAAGCAGUUACUCAAGCAACUGGAUAUGAUUUUGAUCAAGUUGCUUUAGUAACUGCUUUUUUUGAAAAUCGUAUAAUACCUUGAUAUCUCCGUCGACUAGAUAAAAUUUAUAGUUGCGUAUUGCCUGCCUUGUGUUUUCUGUAAUUUUGUGAGUAAAAUAGAGAACUUAAAAUAAACUAAAAAGGGACAUACUUUUAGAUGACUGGGACCAGGCAACUCAUUGAAAAAAAAAACAUGCCCGUUAAUUCCAAUCAUAAGAAGAAAAUUGUUAUUGCAGUAAAAUGCAUUUUAUACAAUCUUCAUACAGUAUCGAGAGAUUUUGACUUUUUGGACGGAUCGAACCUAUGUUUUGUAACUUCAUUCACCGAAGUAAUAUAGACAAAAUCAUAUAUGUAAUGAGUUUUCGACAUUUAACCGUAAAACAUAUCUGUUCCAACAAUUCUCCUGUCCCAAAGAAGGUAGAAGAGGUAAAUUUUUG